AUGUUUACCGUGCAAGUCUUCAUGGCCUUCUCCACAUUGUUUGGAGAUAUUUAUGCCAAACUGAAAUUAACUUUACGAAUUCUUGUCUCGAUGUUCGCUUCAACAUUGAGAAAAUACAAUAACUUUGUUCUACAUUAUCCAUUACUGUCAAUGGCAUUAACAACAGGAACAACCAUGGGUUUAGGUAGUAUUAUAUCUCAAACAAUUAUUGAACAAAGAGGAUUAUUGGAUUUGGAUUGGAUUCGAAUUUUUCGCUUUGCAGCAUUUGGUUACGUGUUUUCGGGUCCAUUUGUUCGUUAUUGGUAUUAUGCUUUGGAAAAAGUCUUUUCAAAUACAAGAUUAAAACCAAUCAAAAUGAUGUUUGCUGAUCAAACUAUCGCUGCACCUUUACUCAAUGCAGCGAUGAUCGCCUAUCUUCCUUUAGUUAGUGGAAAAUCUUUCGACGAAGUCAAACUUCGAUUUCUUCUAGAUUUCCCAACCGUGAUGAAAGCUAAUUAUGCCGUCUGGCCUUUGAUCCAGUUAACAAAUUUUUAUUUCAUUCCUGUUCAUCAUCGUGUACUUUAUGCAAAUAUUUGUGCAAUUAUUUGGUCCACCUUCGUUGCCUUUGUUACAAAAUAG